CGGAAGACCAUCCGUCGCUUCCCAAAACCCAAGCUCCAAUUCCCCCCCGUCGAUCCAGAUCUGGACCGAGGAAUGCGCGCGACUAUCAAGUACUCAACACUCUUCAGUUCAGACCACUAGUCAAAGUACUACGAUAGUAGUGACUACUACGGAGUAUAGUACACUACUAAAGUACUACAACUGAGUUGUAGUACCUGGUGGCCCAAGGUACCUUUCCUCCUCCCACCACCACCACCACCACCACCGACCGUGCGACCAAACUCGCACUAGUCCCCACCAUCCACGGCCACUGCCACAACCACUUUCAGUCCCGGCCGUAACCUACGCGGUAUCAGCCCGACUGCAUUUUGAUACGAAGUCUUCAUUUUCUCGUCCCUCUUCGGCCCCUUGCCUAGUUGGUUUUUCCUCGCUGGAAUCUCUACCCUUGCCGACCCGGUGAAUCUCUCGUGUCACUCACUCAUCCUUCCUCCUUCACCGUCGCCCACCCUCCCGCAACUCUCCGAGAGCCGCAUGACGGGACCAUGUCGAUAGCGCCAAGGGCAUCUGGUGGACCGAUCAAACGUGCUUUGGAUGGCAUCCUCGUCCAACACCCACGCAUGUGACUUCUCCUUUCUUUUGACAUCUCGCUCCGGGCUUGGGGGUCUCCCAACGAGCCAUGACCGAGAGCGCCCAACCCUAUCCAGGGCAGCCAUCCCCGGAAUCCUUCUCAUUCGAACCCCCCGACGGUCGCAUCGCGCACACAUUGACAGCCUGCACGAGGUGUCGACAGCGGAAAUCUAGAUGUGACCCCGGAAUCCCUCGAUGUGCGCCCUGCGAACGAAGCAAUGCUAAAUGCGUGUACUACGACUCGGCCCGCGAUGCCACCAUCCCUCGAACCUAUAUCGUAUCGUUACGGGAGAAAGCUCGUGCACUCGAGAAAGAGCUGGCCAAGGCCGAACAGGAAAUUCAGCACACGGCCGAUGCGGAGUUGAUGGUGCGGGGCGCUGGACGUAUCCGCUUCUCAGAUAAUGACGAGCCCCGGUAUCUAGGCGCCUCGAGUGGCAUUGCCAUGACUCGUCUGGUCAUGGAAAUUGCCAAGCAAAACACCGAUUCGAAAAGCAUCAAAGAUGUUGUCCCCGAGUUGACCGCCCAAGAAAUCAAGGCGGCCUUUGCCCAGGAGGACACGAAACCCACGUCCAAGGUUUAUCCUAUGAUCAGCUCGAUCCCGCAGGAUAGCUUACCUCCCAGGAGUCUGACAUACAAAUUGAUCGAUCUCUUUGUCGCAAAAGCCCAGGCAUUGCUCCCAACUUUACACGUUCCAAGCUUCCGACAAGAAGCCGAAGAGGUCUUCAAUGGCUCUACCGACCCCUGUCAUAACUUUCAACUGCGAAUGGUCAUUGCAAUCAGCAUGCAAAAACUGAGCCCAGACUAUGCAGGCCUGGCCGACAGCUAUUACCUAGCUGCCUUACCAUUCUUAGAGCCAACCCUGAAACACAUGGACUUGCGCGCUUUGCAAUGCCUGGUCAUGAUUGCGCAAUAUUCAAUGUUGACGCCAACAAGGACAGCGUCAUUCUGGGUGGUCGGUACAGCAGUAAGAAUGUGCCAGGAGUUGGGCUUCUGUGAAGAAGCCACCAUCGCUCAAUCGUCCAACGGCAAGCCUCUCAAUCCAUUGGAGCUCGACAUGCGCAGACGGCUCUUCUGGAUUGUUGCAUCUAUGGAGUUUGGUUUAUCCCAUAGUCUAGGACGUGCUAGCGCCCUCAGCGUGACUCACGACAACCUCAAUGUCAAGUUCUUCGAGUUGGUGGAUGAUCGGUAUAUCACGGCGGAAGGCAUCAAUCCCCACGCGAAACCAGUCCUUGCCAAGUGUAUUGCGAUCCACUUUCUCAAGAUGCGACUGCUCCAAUUGGAGGUGCGCCGUGCACUCUACUUGAACCGAUGCGAGACCCCAGCACAUGAUCAAGAUCCUUGGUUCUCUCAGAUGUUGUCUAAGAUUGACCACUGGGUUGACACUUGUCCCAAGAAUGACGAUGGCAGUGGUCUUAACGUGAAGUGGUUUCAAGGUAGACGAAACACGAUUGUCAUUCUAAUGUAUCGCCCAUCGCCUCAAAUUCCCGAACCCUCGGUCCAGGCGGCCAAGAUAUGCUACGACGCGGCGACCUUCAACAUCGCCAUGCACCAGGAGCAGACUAUCACCGGAUCUGUGGAUCUCACUUGGAUUUUUACCCAGUCCCUCUUCAUGGUGUUUAACACUGUUCUCUGGACACUUUCGUACCCCGAGAUCCGAAAAGAGCACCCCAUUGAGGAAGUCCAAAGUUACUUGGACAUGGCGUUGGAAAUCAUAGUCUAUGCCGCUGAACGAUGGCCUGGUGUGCAAUCUGCAUUGAUCCUUUACAAGCGUCUUGUCGCGGCUUGUUUGAAGGCGUACAGCACCGAGGAAUCGUUUGUGGUGCAAUCGCCAUCCAACCAUCCUACUCCAACCUCUUCGCAGGGCGUCACCACUCCUCCUGCCAUGUCGAGCCCAUCAACAAGUACGACUGCAUCUUAUUACUCACAUAACCAUCGCGGUGGCAAUCUAUCAAUUGGCGAUAGUGCUUCAUCUGGUACUUUCUCCAGAGGCCCCUCCGCCGACCCCCCAGGCCCCUUUUCCCACGUCACGCAAGAUUCUACGCCUCCAGCAUAUGCUCCGGAUCCGCCAAAAACGAUUGGCGUUUCCCCUGUGACCCCGGUAUAUAGCAUGCAGCCCACCGCGACACCUUCCAGCACCGGACCGCAGUAUUCAUCGCCCGCCUACUGUGCCCCAUCCGGGCUCUUCUCGGAUGUUUUGAUUGACCCUAAUACCCCCUACAACACGAUGCCCUCGGUAGUUCCCGGGCUCCAAGGCUGGGACCCCAAUUUCUCACUUGCUUCUACUACUGCCAGCCAUCUGGCCUACAUCGAUGCGACCGUGGAUCCGAUGCAAUGGACAUCCUCUAUCGGAGAUCAAUACUCGAAUUACUUCAACGAGCCCUUCCCCAUACCUCCCUGGCGCGAACGUACCCUCAGCCAACAAGAACAGAUCGAGCUUAUGGCGUCGCUGGAGCACAACAUACCCGACGUAUCCGCGCAAUUGGUCCGCGAAUCUAAUGCAUUCUACCAGUCGUAAGAGUACCCGGCAGAUGCCGUUACUUGACCGACUUGGCCACUUCCACAACCUUCCCAAAGCACCUUGGCAGUUUGGAGCAUUGGCGAAAUGGGGGUUGCCUGUGUGCGUAAGGAGUUUGGUAAAAGAUCUUUUGUUUUUCAUUCUUGACUGCGUUUGGGGUUCUUUACUGUCUUGACUUGAAACCUUGGAUCCUCAGGUCUCCUUUGACAUAUACCUCUUUGAAUGCUCAUCUUGCAGUGACUGAACUAAUCUAGCCUUUGUCAUAUAUAAG